AUGAACAUCAAGGAGACCACCCAAGGGGUGACGGGCAGAUUGGAGGGAAAGCGCAGCGAAGCUAAGCAUCUCAACAAGGUAAGACAGGAUCUACAAAAGCGCACCCCAGACUUGGAGGCCAUUGCAUUGACAUUUCUAACCGAUAGAAUGGAAUGGGACACAGAGAUGAACAGGCAGGAGCAGGCAAUCACCGACAGCAGCGCGCUCCAUAACGAGCCGGAACGCGUUUUUGACAUUGAACCUGCGCCGAGUGCUCUCGACCCGAAGAGAAAUCAACCUGCCGGCCAAGAGGUCGGUGACGAUCUGGUGGCGCUCCUUCCAACUUCGCUCAAGGAUAAGAAUGAAGCGACGACACAAACAACCACGGCACAAGAAAAUAUGAAACGCGACAAGAAGAUGCUGGUGUCACGGGAAACAGUUCUCGAGAAGCACAAGGAAAUGGAAAAGGACCUCAGGGAGAGGAUCUCGACGCUGGAGAAGUCCCUCGGCGAAAAGGACGCCGCGAUCAAAGCGCUCGAGGAAGCCAAAGACAAAGCUACAACUCAAAGGAAUAGUCAAAGGAAGCAACUCAUGACCUUGAGGGCAAGCGACAUCAUGUACAAGAAUCACGUUGCCAAGGUUGAAGGAGAUUGCGAUCGAUACAAGGAAGAAGCAACACAGCUUCGCAGCGAUCUCGAAACGGCGAAACAGAAGUACGAUCAGGACAUGCAAGAGUCAGAGGACAAGCGCGAAAGGGCAGUCUCAUCAGCCAACAAGGCGCACGAAGACUCCAAGACAUUACACAAGAAGGAACUGGGACAGAUGCAACAACGCAUCGACGAGGCUACGACAGCCCGCAACUCUGAGAAACUGGCGAUGGAAAAGCGUAUCGAAGAGGCUACAACCGCACACCAGGAGAAUAUUCUCGAGAUGCAGGGGCGUAUCGACGAGGCUACGACCGCGCGCGAGUCCGAAAAACUGGCGACGGCAAAGCGCAUCGAGGAGUAUGAGAACAAGGUUGAGAAGUUGCAGCAGAAAAGCAAAGAGACUGCAGACGCGCAUACAAGCAAAACGAAAGAUUUACAGAAGCGUCUUGAUGAUGCUGCUGCCACACACAAGACUGAGAUGGAGGAGAUGCAGCAACGUAUCGACGAGGCCACGAACACGCACAAGACUGAGAAGCAGGCGACGGAAAAACGCAUCGACGAGUCUAACCGCGAGAUUGAGCGGCUGCGGCAAGGUAUUAACGAGACCGCGGCCACGCACGAAAGCACGAUGAAAGAUUUACAGAAGCGUAUUGAUGAUGCUGCUGCAAAACACAAGAAUGAGGUGGAAGAGAUGCAACAACGCACCAAGGAUGAUGAGGUCAAGCAUAAGGAGAAGAUGGAUGAGAUGGAACAACGCCUGACCACGUCCAAGGCCUCUUACGAUGCUCAGCUGGACGAGAUGAAAAAACGCGCCGAGAACUCUGAGACGUCGCACGAGGAGAAGGUGAAUACGAUGCAGCAACUCAUCGAGAAUGCCAAAAUAGCCCAUCGUGAAAAGCUGGACGGGAAGCAACAAAGUAUGGAUGCAGCCAAAGCCGCCCACGACGCCGAGACGGACAAGUUGCGGAACAGGAUCGAAGACACCAAGACCAAGUACAAGAACAGGGCGGGGGUGGCUCAAAAGCAACUGAACGACUCCAAGGCUACACACGAGGACAAGGUGAAGGAGAUGCAGAGGCAGAUUGACGAGUGCAACACCGCACGCGAUAAAGAUGCGGAGGAGCAUGAGGAGGAAAUGAAACGCAUACAGAAAGAGAUGGAGGAGAUGGCAAACACACAUUGGGCCGCCAUAGAGACCGAAAAGUCAUUGCAAGACCAGGAGAAGCAGUCACUGGAAACGACUCACUACCAAGAAAAGGGAGGUUAUGAGACAGCGCUCAAGAACAUCAAGUUGGAGAUGGAAACCCUCAAGAAAGAGCACGCAGCAGCCAUCCAUAAUGCCAAAGAAGAGCGUCAUCGGCUCGAACAGAAGGCUACCGGGUUGGAAGAUCUAGUACAGAUACUGGGUAACUCAAAAGACGAGGUGGAGAAGCACUUAGAGGAGGAGAGGCGCGACGCAGCGCUGAAAAGUUCGCACCUCGAGCGUCUCGAGAAGGACUUGGCAGAUGUGGAGUCGGAAAAGGCCGAGGUGGGAAACCAGCUCGCCAGCACAGAGGCCGAAGUGCAAGUGCUGCAAGAGAGUCUCAACACAGAGACCAGAAAGGCUGGCGAAGCUGGAAACAGUCUCCGGUUGGCCAACGAGUCUCACGCCGAUGCACUUUCCCAAUGGGCGAGACUUUUCUUUGGUCCAAAUGCAGUUCACAGCGAACGGGCGCUUGUACUAGCCAUCAGCAAAGGCACCCAGGCCGCUGCCCAAGACCACAGGCCCUGGCUCAUCAGCGAGUCUUCCACAGCUGACCAGCGGCUCUCGGAGUUUCGUCGCCACGAGCUGGGCGCCGUCGUUUCGAUGCUCAUCAAUCUCCUACGAGACAGAGACCUUGAAAUACAAUGGUUUGGUGGCCUGGUCCGGAGACUGAUUACGCUGGUAUCACAGGCUCCACGAGUCAACACAGCGUUAAUACAGUGGAUUGUCGACUACAGCAAUUGGAGUCUUUCGCUCGUACAUCCAAAUGAGCAUGUCAUCCCUGCGCGGGCCGCGAUCUGGGCGCUGGUGGACGUUUUGAAGUCUAGAUGGCCCAACAUCGGGCACAUCGAACACUCGCACGAUAUUCUGCAAGAAUGCUGGGGUCUCAUCGCUCAGCAUGACCCCAAGGCAGUCGACGCCCAGGGACUCAAUGCCCAAGGGAAAGUUCCAAUGGUAUUAGAGCUCCUGCAAGACAACAGUGGGAGUGUUGUUCACAUCGUCAAGAAGCCCGAAUGGGUGUGGGCUGUCAUCAUGGACAUGCAGAAACAGACCUGCGCAUUCGUCAAAGAGAAUUGCUUGCGAGAAGUGGCUAUGGAUAAUGGUGUAUGGGACAAGGAGAUUAAGGCGGGGAACACGGUUAUCCAUUUAGAUAUGGGUAAGCCAGAGUGCAUGGACUUUUAUAUUGAACACUGGGUAUUUGAGGACUAA